UUCAGAGCAAGCUGAAAGUAGGCACUCGAUGACAUUUUAUCAACAAUAUUUGCUAUAAGAAUGUCAAGAUUGGUUUGAUUGCCAUGAUUUUCACAAUUUUUUAGGGAUAUUGAGAUCAAAGGUGAUUGGAAAGUUAGAAUCCUAGGCAUUUCAGUGUCGUAACCCGAGUGCUUGAGAACUUUGUUGGAGCUAUUGUUCCCGUUUUGAAAGGAACAGUUCCGUGUAAAGACAAUCGGAGGCGAACCCUUUCGAUCCCUUUUCCCUUUUUUUUUAAUAUCAUCGAAAAAGCCUCCGCUUUAACAUGCGGGUUGGUCUUGAUAAAGGGUGGAGGAACGUGGAAAGACAAACAGAGAAGCCAUGAGGAAUAUGAAGCUCCUUGAAGCUCCCAAACCUGAAGCUACAACCAAGCAGAAGGAGCGUCACAUCGUUACCUGGACCCAAGAGGAGGAUGAUAUUCUUCGGGAGCAGAUUAGUCACCAUGGAACUGAAAACUGGACGAUUAUUGCUGCUAAAUUCAAGGAUAAAACAACCAGGCAGUGCAGAAGAAGAUGGUACACUUACUUGAAUACAGACUGCAAGAAAGGAGGAUGGUCACCGGAAGAAGACAUGAUCUUAUGUGAGGCUCAGAAGAUAUUCGGUAAUAGAUGGACUGAAAUAUCCAAGGUGGUUUCAGGAAGAACGGAUAAUGCAGUGAAAAACCGAUUCUCCACCUUGUGCAAGAAAAGAGCAAAACGUGAAGCCUUAUCAAAGGAGAAUAACACUUCAUGCAUAAACCCAAACAACAAGAGAGUUAUAGAUCAAAAUGGGUUUAUAAUGAACGGAUCUUCUGAAUCUACACCACCUCUUAAGAAAAUGAGGACCCAAAUCUUGAAUCUCACAGAAAACACCAAAGAAGGAUCUCUAAGGCAAUGCGUUGAGAAUCACCAGCUGAGACCGCCCUUUGCAGUAUUGGUUCAAAACCUCCACAACAUUGGCAACUUGUCAGCACAGCAACAUGUCAGCAACAACAUCAAAGCAGCCUCUAAUGAUGUAGGUGCAGAUGACAAGGGCCAAGUAACAUUUCUUAGAAGGGAUGAUCCAAAGAUCACUGCUUUGAUGCAGCAAGCAGAACUGCUCAGCUCACUUGCACUGAAAGUUAAUACAGAUGACACCAAUCAGAGUCUUGAAAAUGCCUGGAAGGAACUCCAAGAUUUCUUAAAUGAAAGCAAAGAUGGUGAUCUGCUAAGAUACAGAAUCUCUGAAAUGGAUUUUCUACCUGAAGAUUACGAAGACUUGGUAGAGGAUUUAGCAAGUGGAAAUAUGGGAAGUCAACAAUCAUGGAGGCAACCUGAUUUAUAUGAAGAGUCUCCAGGCAGCUCUGAGUACAGCACAGGAUCAACUCUCCGGUCCCAUGCAGCAGAUGAUAAAACUGAACAACAUCAAGCUGAAGUAUGUUCACUGCACCAGGAUAAUAUUGUUGAGCCACAGUUACCUCAUACAAGAGAAGCACAGAAUGAUCUUAGUGGUUGCGAUGAUGGGAUUUCUACAAUCAGUACUGAAGCAGAAAUCUUCCUUUCUCAUGAAGGAUCAAAGGAAAAUGGAGUUUUACCAGUAUUGCCAAACACAGAGUUCAGUUCCCCUGUUCAAGUAACCCCAUUAUUCCGAUCAUUGGCAGCAGAGAUCCCAAGCCCCAAAUUCUCAGAAAGUGAGAGGAACUUUCUACUGAAGACACUUGGUUUGGGUUCCCCAACUCCUCACCCAAGCACCAACCCUUCCCAACCACCCCCUUGCAGAAGGGCACUCCUCCAUAGUCUCUAAAUAACCCCUGCUCCAAAUUUUAUACCUAGUGAAUUUGUCCCCUAGACUAUCCUCAAAAUUUUUGCAUGUCAUUAGGUUUUGUCUUCAGUCUUCUCCCCUCUAUUUCAAUUUCCAUACACUUCAAAAGUCUCUUAAGACUGUUUUAGAACAUCCUCUAAGCAGUCUACAAUACCUGGUCAAUGUUACAGGUCUGCAUUCUGUUUCCGACAUUAGCAGAGUUACAAUACUCGCAUUGAACUUCGCCUUGUUCAGUUUCCAUUUUUCCCUUCUUCCUUCUCAUAGUAUGUGACCGGUUCUUUAUUUUCAGGUCCAGUUUUUGGUCUUUGAUUUGUCAUUUGUACAUAAUCUGCAGUGAACCCUAGUACCUUUUCACAGGGAAAUUA